UAUCCAAAAGAUAUGGCAAUUAAGCUUAUUUUCUCUUCUUUAUUUCUGUAUUUCUUCAUUCAAACUUCAAUUGCAGCUUCAAGUAGUGCAAUUUUCAAUGUGACCAGCUAUGGUGCAAAAGCAGAUGGAAAAACAGACUCAACACAGGCGUUUCUCGGAGCAUGGAAAGCGGCGUGUAGCUCAGCCAAGGCGGCCACCAUUAGCGUUCCAAAUGGAAGGUAUUUGGUAAAGAAUGUAGUGUUUAGAGGGCCAUGCAAGAAGAAAAUUACAGUGAAGAUAUCUGGAACAAUUGUAGCUCCUUCUGAUUAUCGCGCACUUGGAAAUUCCGGGUACUGGAUUUUGUUCAUUGAGGUUGAUAAUCUUACAGUCACUGGUGGCAAUCUUGAUGCUCAAGGUGCUGGCUUCUGGGAUUGCAGGAAAUCCGGACAGAAUUGUUCAGUUGGAGCAAGGUCAAUAACUUUCAAUUGGGCAAAUAAUGUGAUAGUAACCAGCUUGACCUCGAUCAACAGUCAGCUAGCUCACCUUGUGGUCAAUAGUUGCAACAAUGUGAUAGUCCGAAAUGUGAAGCUUAUUGCUCCGGACACGAGCCCUAACACAGAUGGCAUCCACGUUCAAUCCUCUAAUGGCGUUUCAAUCACUGGCAGCACAAUGCAAACGGGAGACGACUGUAUAUCCAUCGGUCCCGGCACCAAGAACUUGCUUAUGAAUAGCAUCAAAUGUGGCCCCGGCCAUGGUGUAAGCAUUGGCAGUCUUGGCAAGGAACUCAAGGAAGACGGUGUUCAAAAUAUAACGUUGACAAAUGCAGUUUUCUCAGGGUCGGAUAAUGGAGUAAGAAUCAAGUCAUGGGCGAGACCAAGCUAUGGUUUUGUGAGAAAUGUUCUCUUCCAAAACAUCAUCAUGAAGAACACAAAAAAUCCAAUUAUAAUUGAUCAAAAUUACUGCCCCAACAACCAAGGAUGCCCUAAUCAGACUUCUGGUGUGAAGAUCAGUGAUAUAACAUACAGAAACAUACAAGGAACUUCUGCAACAGCAAAGGCCGUGACAUUUGAUUGCAGCUCUAGUACUCCAUGCGAAGGGAUCAAUUUGCAAGAUAUCAAACUAACUUAUUCGAAUAAAGCCGCGACGUCUUCGUGCAAGAACAUCAAUGGAACGAGUGAUGGAGUACAAAAUCCUGAGAGUUGUCUAUGA